AUGUCAUCAUCAUCAUCAACACAAAAACAACAACGUCAUCAAAUUAAUAAUAAUAAUCUCCAACAGUCGCGUAAUACAAAUGCAUAUUUUGAUCGUGAAGAGUACCAUGGACGAUCAUUAAUUAGUAAAAAUAAUUAUUGGAAUCAUGAUUUUCAUGAAUCAAAUAAUAAUUUUUAUAUGAAUGAUUAUUAUCAUCAAUAUCGAAAUAUAUAUUCAUUAUCAUCACGACAUAUACGAAAAGGAAAACAAAUUAAAAAUGAACAACGACAUAACUCAAAACCUAUGUUUUCAUCGUCCAAAAGUAGUAAUAAUAAUAAUCAUCAUCAUGCAUAUUAUGAUAAUAUACCACCUCGUCAUCGUUUUCAACAACAAACUAAUAAACGUGAACAAUAUUCAUCAUGUUUACAAGAGUCACGAACAAAUAAUAAAUCUGAUGAAAUAAAACUUCCAAAUUCUUCAAUAAAAACUGAACAAUCAACAAAACCAUUAAAAUCAUCUUCAUCAUGUAGUACAAAGUCUGAUAUAUCAAAUAAUGCUGGUUUAACUCAUCGAAAAGAUUUACAUGCUAAAAAUUUAGCUGCUGCUGCUAUUGCAGCUCGACAACAAACUUCAUCAGCACAAAGUAAUUUAAGUACUGUACAAGCAUUAAUGAAUUCACUUAUUUUACAACAACAACAACAACAACAACAACCGUCACAAUCACAAACAACAGUUCAAUUACAAUAUCAACUUACAAAUGCUCUUUUAGGAAUAAUGAUUCAACAACGUCUUAAAGAAGCUACACUUCAAGCACAAGCACAACAAAUUCAAGCUGCUUUACCAACAUUAUUAGCAGCUCAAGCGCUUGUCUAUCAACACCAGCAACAAGGACAAUUAACAAGUAAUCAACAACAAACUCAAGCAAUUUUACCACCAAAUAUUGCCCACCCAGGUACGAAAUUUAAUAAUCGUCCUCUUGUUAAAUUUCCUGUUAUUCGUUCAACAAUAUCUCCAUUAUCAUCAGCUAUGAUGAUGCCUAUUAUUCGACCAUCAAUUGCAACAAAUUUUUCUCGACAUCGAUUAGUAACUAAUCCUCAACAAAUUUGUUCGACAACUACUUUACCAACUUAUCAACAAGUACAAGAAAUUGAACGAGGAAUUUCAUUAGAUGAAGCUAUUCAUUUAAAAGGUGCUAUUGAUAUUGCUGAUAUUAAUAAUACAUCGGUUAAUACUGAAACAGAAACUACUCAAAUUAAUAAUAAUAUUACUGAAUGA